CCUCCUCUUCUUUUUUUCCUUCUCCUCCUGCUCGUGCGGCCGCUGCGGGAGCGGGCGGAGGGAGCGGGUGAGGAGAAACUGGGCGGGGGCCGCGGCCGGCAUGUGAAGAGGGGCAGCCCCCACCCCGGCCUCCUUUGGGCAGCGGCCGCCUCUCGCUUCAGGCGCGCCGCCUCCCUUCCGCCCGAGCGGCUUCUUCCUCGCCUGCCCCGCGCCCGUCCCGCGGGCCCGGCGGGCCUCCCUCGCCAUGAAGAAGUUUUCUCGGAUGCCCAAGCCCGAGGGGAGCGGCGGGACAGCGGGUGUGGGCUCCGGCGGAGGCGGGGCGAGCGGCGUCGCCUUAGGCAAGGUGUUGGCUGUCGGGCGCUACCAGGUCACUCCAGAGGAGCUGCUGGCGGAAGGUGGCUUCUCAACUGUAUUUCUGGUACGUACCCACGGUGGGAUACGUUAUGCACUAAAACGAAUGUAUGUUAAUAGUGUGCUGGAUCUCAACAUCUGUAAGAGAGAAAUUACAAUUAUGAAAGAGUUGUCUGGGCACAAGAAUAUUGUGAGUUAUUUGGACUGUGCUGUUAACUCCAUAAGUGACAAUGUUUGGGAGGUGCUCAUUCUCAUGGAGUACUGUCGAGCUGGGCAAGUUGUGAAUCAGAUGAAUCAGCGUCUGCAGACAGGCUUUACUGAGUCAGAAGUAAUGAGAAUAUUUUGUGAUACCUGUGAAGCUGUUGCCAGGUUGCAUCAGUGCAAAACACCUAUAGUUCACCGGGAUUUAAAGGUGGAGAAUAUAUUGUUAAACAAUAGUGGCAAUUAUGUCCUCUGUGACUUCGGCAGUGCCACUAACAAAUAUCUUAAUCCUCAAAAAGAUGGCGUUAAUGUGGUUGAAGAAGAAAUUAAAAAAUAUACAACACUGUCAUACAGAGCUCCUGAAAUGAUCAAUCUUUAUGGAGGAAAACCAAUUACUACCAAGGCAGAUAUCUGGGCACUUGGCUGCUUGCUUUAUAAACUUUGUUUCUUUUCACUUCCCUUUGGAGAAAGUCAAGUUGCUAUUUGUGAUGGAAGCUUUACUAUUCCAGACAAUUCCCGAUACUCUCAUAGUAUACACUGUUUAAUAAGAUAUAUGCUUGAACCAGAUCAAGAACAGAGACCUGAUAUCUUUCAGGUAUCUUACUUUGCCUUUAAACUUGCCAAAAAGGAUUGUCCAGUAUCUAAUAUUAAUAAUUCUCCUGUCCCUUCAACUCUCCCUGAACCCAUGACAGCUAGUGAGGCAGCUGCUAGAAAAAGCCAAAUAAAAGCAAGAAUAACAGAUGCUGUGGGACCAACAGAAACCUCAAUUGCACCACGACAAAGACCAAAGGCCAAUUCAAGCACUGUCACUUCUAGCGUGCUGACCAUCCAGAGCUCAGCAACUCCAGUCAAAGGCCAAGUUCCUGGUGAAUUUGGUAAUUGUGGGCAAAAAGGAACAACGGGACCAGGGAACAGACAAAAAAUCCUGCAGUCCCAAGAGACCAACCAGCACCCCCUGCAGCAGAACAGAGUUCUCCAGCAGCUGCAGCAGGGUGACUGGAGGCUGCAGCAGCUGCAUCAUCUGCAUCACCAGCACCAGCCUAUGAUUCAGGAUGCUUAUAUUCAGCAGUAUCAACAAGCAAUGCACCAGCAGAUGGUCCAACAGCAGCUGUUGAUGCAGUCUGUGUACCAGCAGCAACCUUCCCAAUCUCAAUACCCUGCCAUGGUGCAGCAAUAUCAGCAGGCUCUGCUACAGCAGCAGAUGUUUGCUCUGCAGCAACAGCGGUCGCAGCAGGCACAAUCUCCUGAAUAUAUCGCUUCUCCUCAAGAUUUCUCACCAGCCUUAAUCUCCUACCCUGGGUCACUGCCAGUGUGUGCUGGAACAGUGGCAGAUUCUCCCUACCCUCUAAGCAGGUCAGGUAUUCCUGAUGCUGAAUCAAUUGCCAGUUACCCAAAGCAGAGCAUCAGUAACCCACCUGAUAUGUCAGGCUGGAAUCCGUUUGGAGAGGACAAUUUUUCCAAAUUGACAGAGGAGGAGCUGCUGGACAGAGAAUUUGACCUGCUAAGAACAAGUUCCCCUAGAAAACCAGCUGAUAACUCGGCUGGUAAUCAAGGAAAUAACUUAGGGAUGCCAACCAAGGCUGGAAAGCUGAGCCAUGCUUUUAGAGAUCCCCAGCCAGGGAGGAAGACUGCAGAGGGACAAGUGACAAAAGGUGGCGAUGAGUCAGAGAGUGAUUUCGAAUCUGAUCCUCCUUCUCCCAAGAGCAGUGAGGAAGAAGAAGAACAGGAGGAUGAAGAAGUGUUGCAGGGAGAGAAUGGAGACUUCAAUGAUGACAAUGAUACAGAACUGGAGAAUUUAGGCCACCGACCUCUCCUCAUGGACUCUGAGGAAGAGGUGGAGGAAGAGGAGGAAGAAAAGCAAAGUUCUGACUCUGAUUCUGGUCGUACUAAGCAAAAGUCUGUGGAAGAGCUCCUGAGUGGUAGGUUCAGAGAUGGUAUUAGCAGUGGUGAAAUCAAAGAACCCACUUCAAUGCAUAUGUCCUUGUCUGAGGUGCAAAGUACUGUAAUCCCGGUGAGCCCUGGCCAAGAAUUUGAUGUGUUUGGGGCAGUGCCCUUCUUUACUCUGCAGCCCCAGGCAAGAGAAAUGGACAAAGAUGUCUCUUCUCAGGCAGCUUUUCCCAGCCUGAGCCAAGAGCAGGAUGACUUUGAUGUUUUCACAAAAGCCCCCUUCAGCAAAAAGGUGUCUCGGCAAGAUGGCCAUGUGGCAGGAACUGAGCCUCUGCUCUCUCCCACCUCUCCACGGAGCCUUGAUAUUUUUGGCUGCACCCCAUUUCAGCCUUCCCUUCUCCCCAAGACUGGUGGGAGUAGAGAGGACCUGUUUGGGCUGGUUCCUUUUGAUGAGAUCACAGGGAGUCAGCAGCAGAAGAUGAAACAGCAGCGUAACCUGCAGAAACUUUCUUCCCGCCAAAGGCGAAUGAAACAGGAGGUCUCAAAGAACAAUGGGAAGCGGCACCAUGGCACCCCAACCACCACGAAGAAGGCUCUGAAACCCAGCUACCGCACCCCCGAGAGAGCCCGCAGGCACAAGAAAGCUGGUCGCAGGGACUCACAGAGCAGCAAUGAAUUCCUGACCAUCUCAGACUCCAAAGAGAACAUCAGCGUUGCAUUGACUGAUGGCAAAGAUCGAGCCAACCCUCUGCAGGCAGAUGAAAGUCUGCUGGAUCCUUUCGGAGCCAAACCCUUCCAUCCACCAGACUUGCUGCGGCAUCCCCAGCACCAAGGUUUUGGUGAUGGCUCUGGGGAUCAUGGAGCAGUGGUAGUGGCUGGCAGACCAAGGCAGAGUUCCUUGCACAGAGCCAUUCAUGGUGGUGAGGGGCUGAAAACAGAUGACUUUGGUGCAGUACCCUUCAUAGAACUGGUUGUGCAGAGUGCGCAGAGCCAGCAGCAACAGGCACUCGAGUUAGAUCCCUUUGGAGCAGCUCCAUUUCCUUCCAAACAGUAAAUGCUUCCAAUGGGUUUCUCCCCUGCUCUGCCUCU